AUGAGGCAGCAUCGAUGGUUGGAAUUAUGUAAUGAUUAUGACUGCGACAUCCUAUACCACCCGGGAAAAGCAAAAAAUGUGGCAGAUGCUCUGAUUCAACAGUCAAUGCUUAAGUUUUUUUCAAAACGAGAAGUACCACGAGAGCUAAAGUCUAAAAUCUCUACUUUAGAAUUAGAGAUAAUGGUUGGUCUAUUAGCAACCCUCUCGGCGUUUGAUUUCAUCAUUCUAGGAGAGGAUUCAAACCAGACAUGCUAUCAUGAUUCCAUCAAGAUUUCUCCAUAUGAAGCUCAAUAUGGGAGGAAAUGUUGUUCACCAAUUCAUUGGCAUAAGGAUGGUGAAAGAAAGCUCAUUGGGUUAAACGAGGUCAAUCAAGCUACUAAGAAUAUUCAGAGAAUUCGUCAACAAUUGCAAACCUCAGUAGAUCGACAACGUAAAUAUGUUGAUCGACGAAGGAGACCCCUGGUGUUCGAGAUUGGCGACAUGGUGCUAUUAAAUAUAGCUCCACUGAAAAGAGUUAUGCGCUUUGGAAAGAAGGGAAAGCUGAGUUCGAGGUUUAUAGGAUCGUUCGAGAUCCUGGAAAGAAUUGGGGAUGUGGCUUAUAGGUUAGCCUUUCGACCUGAAUUGUCCCAGGUUCAUGAUGUAUUUCAAGUAUCUAUGCUGAGAAAAUACAUGAAUGACCCUACGCAUGUGCUCAGUUAUGAACAUAUAUGCGUUGACCAUCAAUUGCACUAUGAAGAGAAGCUAGUGGUAGUUCUCGACCAUAAAGACAAAGUGUUGAGGAACAAAUCAGUGUUGUUAGUUAAGGCUCAGUGGUGUAACCACGACAUUGAAGAUGCCACGUGGGAGAAAGAGGCCAAAAUUAAAGAAUUGUAUCCCUAUUUGUAUUAA